AUGAAGUCGAUAUCCUACGAUAUAGACCCAGGCGGCGACAUCCAGCUGAUACUGAAAAAGCCGAACAAGCAGAAUAUAGUGCCAGAGGACACUACUCAAACUGUCGAUGGAAAGCGCACUAAUCCGAAAUUCCCCAACCCAGCAUGCUUCGGUCGGUAUCAAGUGUUUAGCGAGCUCUAUCCUGAUGGCGAGAACGAGACCCCUAAUUUCGAAGUGGAAGUCCACAUGCGAGUGUCUUCCCGACAUCUGAUUCUUGCGUCACGCAUAUUCCGAGCUAUGCUCGAAGGGCCCUGGAAAGAAGGAAACCCGUCUUCUGGACCUAUUCGACAAAUAUCAGCCGAGGACUGGGACGCCGUCGCUCUCGCCAUAGUCUUGGACGCUAUCCAUUGCCGUCAUCACGAUAUCCCCAAAAAGAUCCAGAUUGGACUCCUGGCUAGAAUUGCAACUAUUGUUGACUAUUACCAAUGUCGCGAGGCCAUAAGUUUCCAUUACGAGGCGUGGGCUCACCGUGGAGUAAAGAAUUUAAAGCAUGAUGCAAGCGUGUUGCAGUUGUAUGUCUCCUGGGUAUUCCAUGAUGAGGAUGAAUUCGAAAUAGCGACAGAGUCAGUUAUACGUCGUGGCAGAGGAAUGCCCGGAUUCAAUACUCAUGAGCUUCCUGUCAGCGGUAUCCUCAGUAGGUCCCUCCACAACUCGAGUCCCCGUAUUAUGGCUGAUCUAAUGUGCCUUGGCAGCUAA